AUGGAUCUAUCAUUAUUAGUUGAAGGUAAAGCUGCUAGAGAGCUAGAAGAAGUUAGAAGAGAAUUGGAAGGGCUUACUGAAGAGCGUAAAAUAGUCGAUCAAGAGAAUAAUGAUGCAGGUGACUAUGGUCCUGAUGGUGCAGACGAGGAAUCUGCAGAUCGGUUAGAGGCGAUAGAUCGCAAGAUCGCAGAGUUAGAGGAGAAAGAAAGAGAAUUACAAGAGCAUAUAAAUGAUGAAGAGAAUAGUGAAAACUCUGGGUCAGAUGGGGGUGAAAACUCUGGAUCAAAUGGGGGUGAAAACCCUGGAUCAAAUACGAAUGGAAACCCUCAAACAAAUGGGUAUGGAAACCAUGAAUCAGAUACGAAUGGAAAUCCAGAAUCAGAUACGAAUGGAUAUCCAGAAUCAGAAUAUUGA